AUGCCCGCGGACACGGGUCAAAUACUCUCUGUCCUCCUUUUUGUGAAACCAUGCCAUACUAAUGCUCAGAGAAAUGAGGAGCUGCAGAAGCUGACAGCCUUGAACGCUCAUCUGCUGCACGACAACAUGGUCCUGCACACGUCGCUCGCUCUACUAAUCGACAGACAGCCGACAAUUGUCACUGGCCUGUAUGAGACAGACAUGAUCUGCUGGGUCGUACCGAAUCUAGCGUUACUUGCUCGGGAAGGCAAGUUGCCUCGUCGGAUCGUGAGUCCUUGGUUGAAAAGCGAAAACCGAAGAACUUGCCGAUUGCAGUUUAUCCUCUACCCGUUCGGAACAAAACACGACCACCGCGAGGCGCUGGCGGGGAAGCCUGACUCCAGACUAGCUACCCCCAGAAAAGCGUGUCCCGCUCUGUUAGUCCGAAUGAAGCGCAACGUGGAAGCUACUUUCUACCUAUUCUUUGGCAAGCAAUGCACAUCGCCGGUGACGUAUCAAUUCAGCGAGUCUGUGGGAGGGGGCCGGAGUUUCUACCGGCAUGACUUCAGUAGUACGUGGCUCGAUGAUCUAGGAUAUCCCGGACAAGAUACAUUCCACGUCGGCCUGUCGCUGCUGCACUGCAGCGAUAGAUCACAGUACGUUAUCAGGCACCAUGACAGGCAUUAUGCUGAUCUGCAACCCCGGUGUCUGCGACUCUCCUAA